CAGACACGGCACUAGUUUUGUCGGAAUUGGAUCCCUUUGGGAAUCUUGUGGCCCAUGCUUGAGAGGAAUGGAGAUGGAUACGAAGCGGAUCCGAAGGCAGAGGCCACCUCCAGCCAGCUCCACCGCACCUGAGGGCGAGGGAGCUCAUCUAGCUGGGCCAGAUGAGAGGUUUGGCAACCUCGGUGCAGGUUUUGGAAGCCCCACGGCAUUCCUGGUGGCCUUCUUGAUGCUCCUUCCUCUUCUCGUCCUCGUGUCCAGUUCCUAUAGAAACCCAGCAACGGAUGGGCUUUGCGGCGCCCUCCGAGGCGAUGGAAGAGAAGACCUUAGUGCAAGCGCAGAACAAGGACCAAGAGUUGGCUCUUCUGGAUCCUCUAACAACACAAGGGACAGAUUUCUCGGAGGGCUACUAGCAGCUGGUUUUGAUGAAGGAUCCUGUCUCAGCAGGUAUCAGUCUGUGCUCUACCGCAAAAAAUCGCCCCACAUACCUUCUCCUCAUCUGUUAGAGAGGCUAAGAGGACACGAAUCUCUCCAAAAGAAAUGCGGUCCAAACACUGAAUCGUACAACAACGCCAUCAAAUGGCUGAAGUCUGGUCGUAGGACUGAGAUUAUGGAGUGCAACUAUGUGGUAUGGUUAUCGUAUAGUGGCUUGGGUAACAGGAUGCUUAGUCUUGCUUCAGCAUUCCUUUAUGCUCUUCUUACAAACAGGUUACUACUUAUUGACAGAGGUGCUGACAUGGCUGACCUCUUUUGUGAACCAUUUCCUGAGACUUCCUGGCUUCUACCUUUAGAUUUCCCCAUUAACCAAUUUAGCAGCUUUAACAAAAAGGCUCCUCAGAGUUAUGGAAACAUGCUGAAACGUAAGGCUAUCAGUGACAUUCCUGAUGGUAAUGCAAACGGAUCACUACCUGCUUAUGUUUAUCUCCAUCUAGGCCAUGAUUAUGGUGACUUUGAUAAGCUUUUCUUCUGUGAAGAUGAUCAACAAGUCUUUCGAAAGAUCCCUUGGCUUUUGCUCAGAUCAAACGUCUAUUUUGUGCCUUCACUCUUUCUAAUCCCAACAUAUGAAGAGGAGCUUGGUCGACUCUUCCCUCAGAGAGAGACUGUUUUCCAUCAUUUGGGACGUUAUCUGUUCCACCCUACCAACUCAGUGUGGGGUUUGAUCACCAGAUCUUAUUGGUCUUAUCUUGCCAAGGCUGAAGAACGAACGGGCAUUCAGGUCAGGGUUUUUGAUGUAAGAAAUUCUCCAGUUCAGCAUGUCCUAGACCAGAUCCUUGCAUGUUCUCUAAAGGAAAAGUUGCUGCCUGACGUCAGUCUCCAUGAUCCAUUGGUCUCGAGUACUGUUGCUGGCUCAAAAGUAGUAUUUGUGACAUCCUUGGAUUCUGUAUACUUUGAAAAAAUCAGGAGCAUGUAUUGGGAGCACCCAACCACCACAGGUGAGAUUGUUAGUGUCUACCAGCCAAGCCAUGAAGGAUACCAGCAGACGGAGAAGCAGAUGCACGAGAUGAAAGCAUGGGCAGAGAUGUAUCUUUUGAGCUUGACUGAUGCGUUGGUCACCAGUGCAUGGUCUACAUUUGGGUACGUGGCACAAGGACUUGGAGGAUUGAAGCCAUGGAUUCUGUUCAGGCCUGAAAACGGGACCAUGCCUAGGCCUCCUUGUCGUCGAGCUUUGUCCAUGGAACCUUGUUUUCAUACUCCUCCCUAUUACGAUUGCAAAGCAAAGGCAGUCAUUGACACAGGAGUUGUUAUCCCACAUGUGAGGCAUUGCGAAGAUGUAAGCUGGGGCCUUAAGCUCGUUGAUCCGGUGGAGCAGUAGAUAUAUAUAUAUAUAUGGUGCAUAUUGACUUCUGGCGUUCGGAUCAGAGUUCAUCACUAUAGUCUAAGAUUGUGAAUUGUUGGCAGAGUAGUACUCCUGGGUGAUCACCAUAUCAACCUUCACCGACGUAUUAUUCUAUAUAUCUUAUGCUGCUGUAUAUGACAUUGUUAUCCUAUGCAAGA